AUGGAUGCUUUAAACUCGAGGGAACAACAAGAAUUUCAAAAGAUUGUUGAACAAAAGCAAAUGAAAGACUUCAUGCGCCUAUAUUCGAACUUAGUCGAAAGAUGUUUCAGCGACUGUGUCAACGAUUUCACGUCGUCUAAGCUCACUAGCAAAGAACAGACUUGUAUCAUGAAAUGUUCCGAAAAAUUUUUGAAGCACAGCGAAAGGGUAGGCCAACGAUUCCAAGAACAAAACGCGGCAUUGAGUCAAAGUUUGGGCCGCUAA